AUGAAUCAAAAUCUAGUGAAAAGGGAUGAGAAGAAAAAAGAUGUGGGACCAAAGCAGGGUCAGAAAAAGAGCCCAGAUAAAAAUAUGUCAGAAAUUGACGAGCAUAUACUAAAAAGGUUCGAAAUUAAGAAGAGACUGGGGAAAGGUGCUUAUGGUAUAGUUUGGAAGGCUGUUGAUAAAAAAACUAAGGAUGUAGUAGCAAUAAAAAAAAUAUUUGAUGCAUUCCGGAAUCAAACUGAUGCUCAGAGGACUUUUAGAGAAAUAAUUUUUCUUCAAUCGUUCAGGAACCAUCCGAACGUUGUAAAACUGCAUAGCAUACACAGAGCUCUAAACAAUCGCGACAUCUACCUCGGCUUCGAAUACAUGGAGACUGACUUACAUAACGUGAUAAACCGUGGCAAUAUACUCAAGGAUAUCCACAAAAGAUAUAUUAUGUAUCAGAUGUUGAAGGCUACCAAGUAUAUUCACUCGGGGAACGUGAUACACAGGGACCAAAAACCGAGCAAUGUACUCAUUGAUAGCGCUUGCAGGGUGAAGUUGGCAGAUUUCGGCCUGGCCCGUUCGGUGUCAAGCUUAUAUUCCGGCGGAGAGGAAGGCGCUGAUCAAUGUCUGACUGACUAUAUAGCGACACGCUGGUACAGGGCGCCUGAAAUACUCAUCGCUAGUAAGAACUAUACAAAAGGCAUUGAUAUGUGGUCACUAGGCUGCAUAUUAGGCGAAAUGUUGACUGGUAAGCCGUUGUUCCCUGGCACAUCCACAGUGAACCAAGUGGAGAAAAUUAUGUCUGCGUUGCCGAGACCUUCGCCUGAAGAUAUACAAAUUGUAUGUAGCGGCUACGGUUCAUCUUUGAUACGCGAGCAAACUUCGAACAACAAUGGCGGCGCGUCACUUACGUCGUUGUUGUCAUGUGCGCCGCGGGAUGCGGCGGACCUCGUUCAGAAACUGUUGGUGUUCAACCCGGCCAAGAGGCUCAGCGCGGCGAGUGCCCUGGACCAUGAAUACGUUGGCAAAUUUCACCGUGAACGGGAUGAACCGUCAUUACCAUCAGACGUUCUUCUCCCACUGAGGGACGACAAACAAAUGUCCGUAGAUGAUUACAGAAAUAAAUUGUACAGCAUCAUGGCGAAGGGCUCGCAGAGUAACAACGGACACGUUAGGAGAAGCCUACACCCCAAUUAUAGUAACAAAACUCAUCCACUCCCUACCACCACAAGUAAAAGCAGCAAAAGUUUCCACGAACCUGAACAGAACAAAUCAUAUAGCAAGAGUAAGAACCUCUCAGCGGACACGAAAACAAGACCUAAAUUGUCCAGACCGCCAGAAAGACCGGUUAAGGAUUAUCGGUCAGAGCAGAGCGUGUCUAAACCCUUAAGAGCCACUAAAAUCUUCGAGAGACACGACUGGGUUGAGUCUUCGAAUUGUCACGGAGAUUAUUUCCAACCUGUGACUAGACAGAGCCCUUGUGACAAUGGUUUUAUGAGCGGUGGUAAGAAGACUUCUAUGCAACAUAGAAGAAAUUCCACAUCAUUUUCAACUGUAACUAUAGGGGGGGAUACUGAUUAUGGGACUUGUGUAAGUAAACAGCGUCAUGGGGUCAUCACUGCGAGUGCUUUAAUGGAUCUCAGAACUAGCAUACGAUGA